CCCCCAUUCCUCCCUCCCUCCCUCCCGCCCACCAUGUGGAGAGCGGCUCCGGGCUUCCGUGCAGCCGGGUCCUUGGCCGGGCUUGCCUUCCGAAGGGCGGCCGCCACGGUGACGGUGACCCCCGCGGAGGGGUUGUCGGACCGGCCUGCGGAGAUCCACGUGCGGGGCCUGCCUCCCGGGCAGGAGGUCACCCUCCGGGCGCUUGCUGCCGGCGAGCAGGGCAGCCUCUUCGACGCCUGCGCCCACUACCGCGCGGAUGCGGGGGGCGCGGUGGACGUGGGCGCGGAGGCCUCCCUGGGCGGGGACUUCGUGGGCCGCGAGCCCAUGGGCCUCUUCUGGAGCCUCUCCCCGGCCGCCAUGGAGCGGCCCCACCGGCGCCUGGAGCCCCCGAGCGCCGAGGCGGCCCUGGAGGUGGAGCUCUCCGUGCACCGCGGGCACAGCGGCCCAGCAGGGAUCCCCGGGCAAGUGCUGGCCAAGGCCCGCGCGGAGAGGCGCUUCACUCUCCCCGGGAUCAGGAAGGUCCGGCUGAAGGAGGGGCCCGUGCGGGGAUCCCUCUUCCUCCCCGCAGGAGACGGCCCCUUUCCAGGAGUGAUAGAUAUGUUUGGUGACGAAGGCGGGCUAAUUGAAUUCCGAUCUAGCCUUCUGGCCACGCAUGGCUUUGCUGCUCUCGCCUUGCCGUAUUUUCAUUUUGAGGAUCUCCCUCAAGUCAUGGGCGAUUUCCACCUUGAGUAUUUUGAACAGGCGGCCAGGUUUCUGCUGCGCCAUCCAAAGGUUAAAGGUCCAGGAAUUGGUGCGGUUGGAACUGGGAAAGGAGCAGAACUGGCCUCUUCAAUGAUGACUUUCCUGCCAGAAGUGGUGGCGGCUGUCUGCAUUUCUGGUUGCAGCUCCAUCACUGCCAGUGCCCUUCAUUAUGGUGAAAUGACUCUGCCUGGACUUCGCUUUAACAUGAGCAGGGUCAGUAUUUCUGAGAAUGGGGUGUUUGACAUGUACGAAGCCUUAGAAGACCCAAUGGACCCAGCCAAUUCACACUGCCGCAUACCUGUGGAAAAAGCAGACGGCCACUUCCUUUUUGUGGUAGGGGAAGAUGACCGCUAUUGGAAGAGCUCUUUGUAUGCAGACAUAGCCAUUGGAUGCCUACGCCAGCAUGGGAAAGACAACUUUACACUCUUGCAUUACCCUGGAGCAGGUCAUCGCAUCAAUCCAUCUUUUUCCCCUGUUUGUCUGAUAGCUUUAGACCGUAUUCUAGGAGUGCCCAUUUUAGGGGGUGGCGAGAAAAAAGCACAUGCCCAUGCCCAAGAACAUUCUUGGGGGAAAAUACUUGAGUUUCUGCACUUCCACUUGAGAUGAGUAACUUUCAGUAUUUGAACAUCGGACAAGGUGCUAUAGGCUACCUUAGAGGUGUCUCAGGGACUAAGAAAGCAAACAGAUAUAUAUGGGGGGGGGGGGGGGGGAGAACUUGGAGCACUAGGAUGAACUGUAAUGAUGCAAGCAUGAUGGUGGCAUAUGAAUGGGUGUUUUCCAGUUUGGAUAUUAUCAAAGAAUACUGACCAUCUCCUAAAAGAUUAACAUAGAUUACUCCAGCAACCUAUAGUCUCAAAGUAUUCAACUUGCUUCUUCAACACAAGCUGCAGAAAUGGCAGGGAGCUGGAUUCUCUGUCAUUUGGAAAUCACAUAUUCAAGAUAGCAGUGUCAUAGCUAGAUAUUUCUUUUCUGGAACAUGCCGAUCUUCAUCAAACACAGCCAGUUUCAGCACUUAAAAGAGGAGCCUCAGGGCUGGACAGAAAGAGUACUUUGAUAAUCUACCAGUUGUUUUAAAAUUUUCAUUGGCCUUGACUCCCUAUGAUCACAAAGUGGUAUUGCUUUGUUUCGGUAUUUCUGGUGCUAGCACUGAAAAGAAGACUAACAUUUUAAUACUUAAAGUGCCAAUAAAGAUUACUGAAAGACUAUAUGCCUUUAAUUUUAAGCACAAUUCCUGCCCAAUUUUAUUUAGUCCCCAAUAUUAUUGAACUCUUCAGAAACUGCAAGAUCACUCCUGUCUCAAGCUGCCUCUUGGAAUUUGUUUUCAUUGGAUGUGUGCACACACGGAAUGGAAAAUAUAUAGAGAAACAUAUAUUUUUAUUUCCCUUCUGCCCUACCAUAGCCCUUGAUCUACCAGAUGGGUAUUUUGAACAGAUUGCAGUAAUUUAUUUCUGUAGAGGAAAGAAGUUUGAGAUGGAUUUAACAGCUGAAUAAAUGAAAUAUAUCACA